GCCUGGGGACCGCGGAAGAGGCUCCCCGGGGCGGCCGCAAUGCCUAGCUCGCGGCAGGUCAGUCAGCUCCUGGAUCUAUGCCUGUGGUGCUUCAUGAAGAAUAUUUCCAGAUAUAUCACAGACAUUAAGCCUUUGCCUCCCAACAUAAAAGAUAGACUGAUUAAAAUAAUGAGUACCCAGGGGCAGAUAACAGAUUCAAAUAUAAGUGUGAUUUUACAUCCUGAAGUCCAAACACUAGAUCUAAGAAGCUGUGACAUUUCAGAUACUGCUCUCCUACACCUGUGCAACUGCAGAAAAUUAAAGAAAUUAAAUAUAAGUUCCUCAAAAGAAAACAGAAUUUCCAUAACUUCAAAAGGAAUAAAAGCUGUGGCUUCCUCUUGUUCAUACGUCCAUGAAGCUUCUUUGAAAAGAUGUUGCAAUCUUACUGACGAAGGAGUCCUUGCUCUUGCACUCAACUGCCGGCUGUUAAAGAUCAUUGAUUUAGGUGGCUGUUUAGGAAUUACUGAUGUGUCCUUACAUGCAUUGGGAGAAAACUGCCCAUUUUUGCAGUGUGUUGAUUUUUCAGCUACUCAGGUAUCUGAUGAUGGUGUAGUUGCUCUUGUUAAUGGACCUUGUGCCAAGAAAUUAGAGGAGAUUCAUAUGGGACUUUGUGUAACUGAUGAGGCUGUAGAAGCUGUCCUUACUUGCUGUCCUCAGAUACGUAUAUUACUCUCCCAUGGAUGCCCCCUAAUAACAGAUCAUUCACGAGAAGUUCUGGAGCAAUUAGUAGGCCCAAACAAACUAAAGCAAGUGAUGUGGACUGUUUAUUGAUGCUUAUUGAAGCUUAUCAAAGCAAUGAUCUUCAUACUACAUUCCCAGGAAACAAUGGUUUUAAGAGAUUGGCUUUCCAAUAAUGUGGUUUUUGCUUUGAAGUUAACAGACUCUUAAACAUUUUAAUAGUGCAUUAUC